GGAAGGUCUCCCGAUGAGUUAAAAUGGUGCUGAGGCUCGAGGGGAGCUGGUCGCUGCUCGUGGGGAAGAAGUUCCUCAGCCUUUCAGAGGAAGAGGACAGGUCGUGGGACACCAAUUGCAUCUUGGAAUGGCCUUGGAAGUCAGGCAGGAUACGAGCAGUUUCACACACGGACAUAUCCAAGCAAGACCUCAAGAUUUGUGUAGAAUUUGAUGAUGAGCCAUGGGAAAAAAGAAGAUGGAUAGAAGUCUACAGCCAUAAAAUGAAAGUAUUCCUGGUGGAGCAAAAGCUGGUCCUGGCUGAAAGAAAAUCUCCAGGCAGUUCUGUGUCUUCAGUCCAGUGGCCUGCAAUGACUUACAAAUCCUUAGUGGACAAAGCUGGUUUGGGACCAAUGGUUUCAGUACGCUAUCUCGGUGAAGAGAAAUGUGUUUUUCUUUCUAAAGACCUUCUGACACCCAUUCAGGAUAUGGAUGGUUCGAGGCUUCCUCUUAAGGAUGAUCAAAAUGUUAAUGAAGAAAUCCAGGCUUUGGUUAAGAAACACCUAGACGAAACACGCUUGGUACAAGGUGGAAAAAAUAUAAUUGGUUCAAAAAUUAGAAUUUAUAGCCUGGAUCCAUCUACUCAGUGGUUCACAGCGGUUGUUGUCAAUGGUAAUCCAGCUACAAGAACUCUAGAAGUCAACUGUCAGGAGAUUCCAGCUUUAAAAACUCUUGAUCCAGAGCUAAUUCACGUUGAAAUCAUAUAUGAUGACAACGGAAAAUGUGAUAAACCUAAAAGAAUUGGGGGCAUAAAAAGGAAGUCAUCUGAGAAUAGUGGAGGUGUUGAUGCUAAACACACAAAAUCUUCUCCUGAGGUUUCUCCCAAUCAGGGACAUGUGCAGUCAGUACCAACAGUUCUGGAUGAAGCAUUGCUAGGAUGUACUCCUGCUAAUAAAGACCAAAGGCAUCAAGGCCUGCCCUUGCCAGCUAACUCACCACCCAAUCUCAGUGCCAAAACUCCUCAGGGCACAUGUAGACGAAGCUUACCGGAAUCUCAUCCUUCUUGUCUUAAUACGGGAAUUAAACCACUGAAGGAAGAUCUGACGGCCUUUCCUAAAGUGGGGUUUAUAUCUAAACAACAAACACAAAAUGUCAGUGAUCAAAAUAGUAAAUACACUUCUUUGACAACCUCAAGAUCUUCAUCUUUGACUGAUUCAGCUAGUGAAAAAGGAACCAAUCUGAAAAAUACAAAUGAACCUCUUAAGAAGCCUGCCACAGACUUCCCAAGAGAGUGCGUUUCUGUGAAACAGUUGCAACACCUUAACUCUUCCAUAGCAAUACCCAGAGUCAGUAGCACUCUCGAACUGCAGCGGACUUUAGAUUGUAGACCCUCAACCUCAGAUGCUCAUCUUCUCUCUUUCACGGAAUCUGGGGUUAAAUCGCACAGCAAUUGCAAUAGCCAGAACAACCACAAAGGAAACAAGUUGGAAGAAUUUAUGGACAUGGAUUUUAUUAGAAAAAAUUCAAAUGAGAUUCUUUAUGACAGAAAUGAAAACGAAAGCUUUUGGACUGGCAGUGCCAAGAUCCAGGAUAAUAUAAUUGUUCGCAAGUCCAUUUUAGCAGAUGCUGCUAAAGUGAAGAAGCUGCAGCAAAGUGGAGAAGCGUUUGUGCAGGAUGGUUCCUGCAAUAAUAUCGCACCUCACUUGCAUAAGUGCAGGGAAUGCCGUUUGGACAGUUAUCGGAAGAACAAAGAGCAAAGAGACUCCACUGUUUUUUGUAGAUUCUUUCACUUCAGAAGGCUGCAGUUUAAUAAGCAUGGAAUACUGCGUGAGGAAGGCUUCUUAACUCCAAAUAAGUACGACCCUGAGGCUAUUAGCUUGUGGCUGCCUUUAUCAAAAAAUGUUGUGGGUCUAGAUCUCGACACAGCCAAGUAUAUCCUAGCCAACAUCGGAGACCACUUCUGUCAGCUCGUAAUAUCUGAGAAGGAAGUUAUGUCUACGAUUGAACCACACAGGCAGGUGGCCUGGAAGCGUGCAGUUCGUGGGGUUAGAGAAAUGUGUGAUGUCUGUGACACCACGAUCUUCAACCUUCACUGGGUCUGCUCUAAGUGUGGCUUCGGCGUGUGCGUGGAUUGUUACAGGAUGAAGAAAAAAAGCUUCCAUGAAGAUGAUGACUCGGAUACUUUCUCCUGGUUUAAAUGUGUGAAGGGGCAGGUACAUGAACCGGAGAAUCUAAUGCCUACACAAAUCAUUCCCGGAAAAGCUCUCUAUGAUGUUGGUGAUAUUGUCCACUCCGUAAGAACCAAAUGGGGAAUAAAGGCAAAUUGUCCCUGCGCAAACAAGCAGUUCAAGGCACUAUCAAAGCCAACUCUAAAGGAGGAUUCAAAACAGAACUUGGUACCUGGCGAGAGGACCAGCCUUCAACACAGCAGUUUUGUCCUGAGCCCCCAAGCCACUACACACGAUCCCCCUCUGAAGUCAGCAAUUGCAAGUAAACAAACUGCUUCAGGAAACACUGCUCCUUCAUUAAGUUGGCUGUCAAACCUAACAAGUGGAAACGUGAACAAAGAAAACAAAGAGAAACUCCUCAUACCUAUUUCAAAGAACGAAAAUAAGCCUCUCCAGACACUCCCUAGUUUAGCCAAGCCUGCAGCAGCCCUGCAGACAUUCAACAGUGCAAUACUGACCCCUGUGAGCAACAACAACACAGGCUUCUUGCGGAAUCUGCUGAACUCUUCCGGAGGAAAGACAGACAACGGACUCAAGAGCACACCCAAAAUCCUCGAUGACAUUUUUGCUUCCCUGGUGCAAAAUCGAACCGUUACAGACCUGCCGAAGAAACCUCAAGGACUGACUAUAAAGCCCACGAUAAUGGGCUUUGAUACGCCUCACUACUGGUUAUGUGAUAACCGCUUGUUGUGUCUUCAAGAUCCUAACAAUGAAAGUAAUUGGAAUGUCUUCAGGGAGUGCUGGAAGCAGGGCCAGCCUGUAAUGGUGUCAGGAGUGCACCACAAAUUAAAUGCAGACCUCUGGAGACCAGAGUCCUUCAGGAAGGAGUUUGGCCAACAGGAAGUAGAUCUGGUUAACUGCAGGACCAAUGAAAUCAUCACCGGAGCUACUGUAGGUGAUUUCUGGGAUGGAUUUGAAGAUAUUUCAAGUCGCCUGAGAACAGAAGAAGGAGAGCCAAUGGUGUUGAAGCUUAAAGACUGGCCUCCAGGGGAAGACUUCAGAGACAUGAUGCCUUCUCGGUUUGAUGAUUUGAUGAAAAAUAUUCCACUGCCAGAAUACACAAGGAGAGGCGGCAAGCUCAACCUUGCCUCUCGACUUCCCAACUACUUUGUGCGACCAGAUUUGGGCCCCAAGAUGUACAACGCCUACGGCCUAAUAACACCAGAGGAUAGAAAAUAUGGCACAACAAACCUGCACUUGGAUGUGUCCGACGCAGCUAACGUUAUGGUUUACGUGGGUAUCCCCAAAGGCCAGGCCGACCAAGAAGAAGAAGUGCUUAAAACCAUACAAGAUGGUGAUUCUGAUGAGUUGACAGUGAAGCGUUUUACUGAGGGUCGAGAAAAACCUGGAGCUCUGUGGCACAUUUAUGCUGCUAAAGACACGGAGAAGAUCCGGGAAUUCCUUAAAAAGGUUGCGGAAGAACAAGGCCAAGAAAACCCGGUGGAUCACGAUCCCAUUCACGAUCAGAGUUGGUACUUGGACCGAUUGCUAAGGAAACGCCUUCACCAGGAGUAUGGAGUUCAAGGCUGGGCUAUUGUACAGUUUCUAGGAGACGUAGUUUUCAUUCCAGCGGGAGCUCCACACCAGGUCCAUAAUUUGUACAGUUGUAUCAAGGUGGCAGAAGACUUUGUAUCCCCAGAGCACGUCAAGCAUUGCUUCUGGCUCACUCAGGAAUUUAGGUAUCUGUCGCAUACGCAUACGAACCACGAAGACAAACUGCAGGUGAAGAACGUCAUCUACCACGCUGUUAAAGACGCAGUCGGGAUACUGAGAGCCAACGAAUCCAGCCUUAGCAGACCGUGAGGUAGAAAGCCUUAACCACGCACUAUGAAACAGAAGCGUUGGCAGCUGUUUUAACUACUCAGUCAGGACCUCUGCGGACUUUGAGAUUAUAUGAAUGUUACCUCAUCUUCCUUUCGGCAGUACCAGCGGCUCGUGGUACUAUGUUCUGUGUAUCCUUCCAAUGUUUACAAACCUGAUAUGUAUAUGUAGUAAUAUGUAUGGACUGUGGCAUACUGUGAAUGCUCAGUUGCAAUAGAACUUUAUAUGGAGUUGCUCUCCAGACUGUACAAAAUACCUCCUAUAGGACUGUUGGAAACGAUUCCGAAUUACACGUUUGAAAAAUAUUAUUCGAGACCUUGUAAAGCUCCAAUUUUUUAAAAUGUAUUUUGGGGUGUGGAGGGGAGAAGACCGGAGUCACCCAGUUUCAUAACCAAUUUACAUAAAGGUAAGAAUGCAGUUCUGGGAUUUCGCAUUAACAUAGAACUAGCAUUUUAAAGUAGCUUUAAGCUAUUGUAUAGUAACAUAGAGAUGGGGGCUAACCAUCUUUAGGUAAAUGUAUUUAAAUUUCUAAAUGUUAAAAGGAACUUUUAAUCAAAUGUCUUCUGUUCGAAAUGGCCCUUUCCUUUGGGCAUAUGUUUGAUUCUCUGGUUUUUAACACUUGAAUGGUCUACAUAAAAUUCUUCUAUUUCA